AUGACAAGAAAUAUAGCAAUUUUUAAAUAUGAGAGCCUCGAGAAGGCGACAGAUUAUUUCAGUGCUUCAAAGAAAUUAGGCCAAGGUGGAGCAGGUUCUGUGUACGUGGGGACUCUUCCAAAUGGGAAAUCUGUGGCUGUCAAGAGGCUGAUUUUUAAUACGAGACAGUGGGUCGAUGAGUUCUUCAAUGAGGUAAAUUUAAUCAGCAAAAUUCAACACAAGAACUUGGUGAAACUUCUGGGUUGUAGCAUUGAAGGCCCUGAGAGCCUCCUGGUUUAUGAGUACGUACCAAACAAGAGCCUUGAUCAAUUCCUUUUCGAGAACAACAAAACAAAACUUCUAAACUGGGAGAAGCGGCUUAAAAUCAUAAUUGGAAUUGCUGAGGGGCUUGCAUAUCUUCAUGGAGGUUCAGAAAAAAGAAUAAUCCACAGGGACAUUAAAGGCAGCAACAUUCUUCUCAAUGAAGAUUUUACUCCAAAGAUUGCAGAUUUCGGGCUUGCUAGGAAUUUCACUGCUGAUAAGUCUCAUAUUUUACUCCAUCUUUAA